AAAAUGAGAAAAAGAAAGCAGAUUGGUUCAUAUAUUUGUUGGUUCGAUGGGUUGUGGUAUUUCAAGGAGUAAGAUUUCGCAAGAGGGAACAGCGCCAGCAGGUCGUCAUUUUAGGAUAGUUCAUCGAAAGAACGAUGAGCGAGCUGUUGCGGAUAGUGUCUUCCUAUUGUCGUCCAAGCCGUUGGUUCAAGGAGAAAACCAUGCCAAGGCUGAUCAUAAGAUGGUGAAUUCGGAGAGAAAAGAAGGGCCUGAAAGUGAAAGGGUUGAAAAUGAACACAAGGAUGAUGAUGAUGAAGAAGAAGAUGGACAUGAGAGAGAUGAAACAAUGUUGUGUUCUCCCUCCCCAAGUUUCAAGGAUUUUUGUACUACAUCUUCCCAUCAAGAUGAUGACAACACUCGAGGUUAUGAUAAUACAGAGCAAAUAAAGGCCAGACAACUGUGUGAUGGUGAGAAUUACAACAAGAAGGGAUCAAGUGGUGGACUGAGGAAGAGAGGUAGAAUAACAAAAGGAAUUAAAAAUACUGUUCAACACAAGUUUAAAGUAUUUUAAGAGUGGAGAAGUAGAGGUGUUCAUGUGCCGGAUAGUUAGUUUGGCUCAAUCAACCUGACCUGUUUUAGGUCGGCUUUGAAUUUAUGUUUUUGACUCUCCAGUUUAAUUAGUAUUGCCCGUUUU